GACAUUUUCUUACCAGUUCUUUAUUUUAUUAUUAGAUCUAGAUCUAACAGUUUAAAAAUAUUAACUGCGUUAUCAGCAAAGAUGGCCGCGUCCAUUGUCUUCGUUUGUUUACUUUCAAACUCUAAACGAGAGAAACAAAUGUAAUGUUGUAAUUUACCAUCAAGUCUCAAAUCAUGGCAACAAGUUAUUGGGGAGAGAUUCCUCAGGUGGCUGACACAGAGUCUGGCAUAGCAGCCAUAGAGAGAGAGCAAAUCACCAAACCUCGACCUAUGGACAUUGAAGGCCCACUCCUUCAUCAACCUUCUAGUCGACAUCAUCCCCCCACAAAUGAGGUGUUGCCAAGUGAUCAUUUCCAAAUGGACCCACUAGUUAUUCAUACUAUACGUUUGAUUCAACAUAUAAAGAAAGUAAAAGCAGCUAUUGCCACUCUCCAGCAAGACAUUAAGCAAGAACCAGAUCUGGCUCCAAUUGCAGUGGGUCCAACACCCCAGUAUGAUGGUAAACCUGUGCGUAACAGAUCAAAACAAAAAUAUUUUACAGAGGAAGAUUACAACAGUGACUUUGUUCGAGGUGUUGGCAAACCUCCUUCUCCAAUUGAUGAAGUAACAUGUAGAAAACUCUUGAGGCGCUCUACAGCUGCUAUAUGUGCUCACCUUUCAUUUGAUAACACUCAAGAAUCUGUGCUUGAAACACUAACGGAUGUCUGCCAGGAGUUUUUGAUUCAAUUUACCAGACAUUUAGGAAUGGCUGCCGACAGACGAGCCAUGUAUGGUUGUGGAGGAUUCCCUGACAUUAUUGAGCGUGUUUUUUAUGAGAUGGGGCUAGGCAGCAUCACUUGUCUUAAUGACUUUUAUCAACAACGAAUCCUUGCUUAUCAUAAGAAAAAAGAAGAACAGUGUCAGCUGCUGAUGGCAGAAUACAACAGAUUGAACAAACAGCCAAUCAGCAUCAAGCAUGCACCCCAGUCCCCUUCUGGUACUGACACAUUGCAUGUUAUCAGAAUCAAGGAUGAAGCCAAUGCUGAGAUUCAAUUUCCAUUACUGGAUGAUAAUGAUGAAGUCAAUGAGGCUGAGCAACUGCUUAAUAUUGAAAGCCUUGGAACAUUUGAGAUUACUGUUGAGCAUGAAACAGCAACAGGCUUGACAACUGAAGUAGAAACCAAAUGGUCUCAUGGGAAUAAAGGCACAGUCAGUGAUAGCAGGGUGAAGGUAGCUCCUCCACCAGAAGAGACUGCAGAAUCUCACAUUACGUCUGAUGAAGCAUCAUCUCACCCUUCCUCUAAUAUCCCUAAAACCCCGCAGUCUGCAAUUCCACAGACUCCUCAGGAUGCAGCUGGGCCUCUUCUUAGAGAGUUUUCAAAUCAGGAUGAUGCAACCAUUCAAGAGCCAGGAUCGCUAUCCAGCAUGGAUAUAUUUUCACCUUCUGUACCCACUCCAAGCAAAGCUAAAAAAAAGAAGAAAAACUGAACUGGAUCUUCUGGUUGGCAAAAUCAGCAGAUAUAAAAGCAAACAUACUCACGAAGAAUGCCUAUUUUACAAGUUACUACUGUGUUCAAGUUUCAAAUACAAUUUAUAUGCUGCAUAGACAUACAACACUUUGAAUAUAAUAUCUUGAAUGAACAAAUGAAACAGCUGUGUCAAGUAAGACAAUAAAAUAUCUGAUAGCUUUUUGUCUGCAAUUCAGCUGUACAAGUUUAUCUAUUUUAGAAUUUAGCUCUGUUAUUGGGGAAAAAAAAUGACAAUUUGAGUUGAUUUACUAUUACUUAUUACUAAAUAUAUGAGAGUAAAUUAAAAGUAAAAUCUAUUUUAUCCUUUCAGGCAAACUAUUAGCUUAUCAAUGUAACUUGCUAAUAAAAAAAAAAUAUUUAUAUACAUCAAUACUACACCUAAAAGGUAGAAUAAAAGUGUUGUCGUGAGGAAUUGUUUUUUUUUUAAAUAAACUAUUGAAGGUCUGGUAGAAUCUGGCCACAGGAUAUGUAAAAUGCACUUUGCUAGAUGAAAGAUUUACCUAGAAUAAUUAAUGUUAUAACAACAACCAUAUUAGUUUCUUGUUUAAGAACUUCUCACACCAGUGAAUCAGCAUACCAAUGUACGGAACAUUGUAUAUGCAACUCAUAUGCAGCAUACAUAUGAUUGGUUGUACAAUUCUUUUCUGGCACCAUUGUAUAGAAUUGAUGUUAGUAUUCAAACUAUGGUGAAAUGAAUGAAAGCCUUUUUUUUUUGUUGAUAAAUGUGUUGUUGUUUCAUUAAUUUAAAUUAAUAUUUUAAAAUGUAACUUUGUUCAAACAGAGUGAGUCAUUGCUUAUCUCUGCAAUUUCUUUUUUAUUUCAUUUGCAUGUAUGUAGAUAUUUAUGCUCAUUACUAAUAUUUGUUUACUUUUGUUUUGAAAUGCUGUUAUUUUUUGUUUUGACCUUUGGAUUCUUCCUCCCUGGCUCUUAUAUUUGUUAAUAAAAUAUUCAUUUGUUCAUUUUUUCUCCUCUGCUUUAAAUGAGCUACUUGUGUUUGGGAUGAAGAGAGUAAGUGGCAUUAGCAUCUUCACUUCCAGGUUAAAGGUCAGGAUUGAAGUCCUGGAAGAGCAUUGGAAAUAUUUUAUUAAAACGAAAAUAUGUUUUUGAAUUGACCCAACUGUUUUAAUUAGUACCUGCUUUAAUUAGACUUAGUAGUACUUCUCGUCUGUUGGGGGAAACAAAAAAAAAUGGGGGGGAGAUGUAAUAAUGGUCACCUCAAGGCUACCCGCUCUUAACCAGAGGUCACUAAAGUUUCACUUGUCCCUAAACCUAAAUAUUUUCAAGGGACUAAUCUUUUUUCUUAACUUGGCUCUAUGUAAACUUUUUCUUUUAAUUUCUUCCUAGUAAGAAUUUAUCCAAUCUUUAGCUGCAAAAAAAAAAAAUCGUUACAUCUAAAUCGAGAUGCGUUUUAUUGAACACAUUUAAGUAUUCUGUUUAAUGAUGAAUUAAGUGAUAGUGUGAAUUUCCUUACAUGAAUCUGUCUCAGCCCAGAAACUCUUGACAGUUUUGCUUCACACACACAUAUCUAUUUUGUUCCUGUACUUAUUCGGACCUUGUUCAAUUAAUCUAAUCAUAAGUUUUAUAUUUUGAACCUAGAAUGUAUUUAUUAUGUGGUUUGUUUGCUUGUGAAGUUAUUGCAAAUAAAUAAAGAAGACUAACAUUUCAAUCAA